AUGGAACCACAAGUUGCAGCAAUGGCAAGACGUAAAAGGAAGCAAAUUCUUAAAGAUAAAAGAUUGAAAAAAGGAAGAACUGAUGAAAACACAAUCAAUCCCAUUGAAAACUCUCAAAGGUAUUAUGUUCCAACCAUGGUUAAUAUCAGAACACCACUAUCUGAUUUAACUUCAUCAAUCUUUAAUGAAAGAAAUAUGAGUUCACCUUCACCAGCAUCUGCAUCAAGCAACUCAAGUACAAUGAAGAGUUUCAAUAUUGUUUCUACAAAUCAACUGGCAGCUUCAGCACGACAGCGGAGGAAAAGUAUUAUGGAAGGUAAGAUGCCCCAAUCUUACAAACUUCAUAACAACCUUAGCAAUAACAGUGGGGGUCCUUUCAGGAUAAAUUCUCCAUCCUUUUCUCAUUUCAAAACACCAUUUCCUGAUAUAGCUUCCUCAUGUUCUAACCAAAGAAACAUAAAACCUCAUGCACCGCCAAGUUGUUCUAUUCAAAAAUCAAAAAAACAGUUGACUAUUACACCUCUUUCUGAUAUAACUUCCUCAUUUUCUAAUCAAAGAAAUAUGGAACCUCAUGAACAUCCAAGUAGUUAUGUUCAUAAAUCAAAAAAACAGUUGAAUGUAGGUGUUAUUCAAUCCAUGUCGGUCAAACUCUUCAAUUAUUUUGGAAAUGAGAAUCAUAAUCUGGCUUUUUCAUCCACAAGCAAUAUUCCUAUACAAGAACCCACAACAUUCACUUCAACUCCAGAUGUUAACAUUGAGAGUGAUUACUCUGGUGAUGAGACGGUAACAAAUGAUUCUUUCAGUGAUAGCUCAUGUGAAUUCAAUGCCGCAGAUGCAAAUUAUGACUCAAGUUCCAGCUAUGAUGACGAAGAUGUCUAUGACUCCAAUUCUACAUCAUUUGAUUCUUUAAAUAUUGGUUAUUCUGAUAUUGGUGAUCCUAUAGUUGAAUGCACACAAUGUGGGGCACUUAUGUGGUAUCAAGAAAAAACUGACAGGCGAAAACAUAGUGCAGUUCCUAAGUUUCAACUAUGUUGUGGAAAGGGGAAAGUCGUGUUACCACUUCUGAAAACACCACCACUAUUACUACAACGUCUUUUGUUUGAUAAUAGUGAGAUAGACAGUCGAAAUUAUCAACAAUUUUGUAGAAUGUACAACAUGAUGUUUGCUUUUACGUCUCCGGGAAUGAAAUUCGACAACAGAUUUUUAGCUGGAAGUGGACCACCUAACAUAAGAAUUCAUGGACAGACUUGCCAUCGAAUUGGGAGCAUGUUACCUUUAACUGGACAAUCUCCAAAAUUUGCUCAACUGUAUGUUUACGACACCGACAAUGAGAUUCAACAUAGAAUUAAAGGAAUUGGGAACAACCCCAAUAUUAUUCCAGAAACAGUUAGUAGAUUGAAGGACAUGUUAGAUGAGUUCAACACACAUGCCAAAUCUUUUAGGAUGGCAGCAGAUAGAUUAAAGGAUUGUCCUUUGCCUGAUCUCAAGCUUAAGCUAAUAUCUGAUAGAUCAACAGAUGGAAGGAUUUAUAACCAACCUACUGUUUCGGAGGUAGCCGCCCUAAUAGUUGGUGAUGUUGAUACGGGUUCUAAGAGGGAUAUUCUUCUUGAAAGAAAGAGCGGAAGGCUAAAAAGAAUAAGUGAGUUUCAUUCAAGUUAUCUGGCAUAUCAAUAUCCACUUUUGUUUCCUUAUGGGGAAGAUGGUUUUAGACUUGGAGUUCUUCUUAGAGAAACUAAUACCAAAAAAAAAAUGAAGAGGAAUAAGCUUACCAUUAGAGAAUGGCUUGCUUUUAGGAUUCAAUGCAGACAUAAUGAGGCACAAACUAUAUUGCGGUCAAGAAGGUUGUUUCAACAAUUUUUGGUUGAUGGAUUUACUAUGAUGGAGUCACAAAGAUUGAAUUAUAUUCGAAAACAUCAGAAAAAGCUGCGUGUUUCGAAAUAUUGCAAUUUGAGCUCAUCUGAACAGAAUGCAAACACUCAAGGAUCAAACAAAGGUAAAAGAGUGGUUUUACCUUCAACUUAUGUUGGAAGUCGGAGGUUUAUGGAACAACUCUAUUUUGAUGGAAUGGCAAUUUGUAGCCAAGUUGGAUUUCCAGAUCUUUUAAUCACAUUUACUUGCAAUCCCAACUGGCCUGAAAUCCAAAGGUUGCUUAGCAAAAUUAACUUGAAUUCUCAAGACCGUCCAGAUAUCAUCUCAAGAGUCUUCAAAAUUAAGUUCGAUGAGUUGUUGUGUGAUCUAACAAAAAAACACAUGUUAGGGAGAGUGAUUGCAUAUAUAUACACCAUUGAAUUCCAAAAGCGGGGUUUACCACACGCCCAUAUACUAUUAUUCUUGCAUCCUUCAAGCAAGUAUCCGACUCCAGAUGAUAUAAACAAGAUCAUUUCAGCAGAGAUACCAACAGAAGAAGAUGAUAGGCAACUCUACCAUUUGGUCAAGACACAUAUGAUUCAUGGCCCAUGUGGUUUAGCAAAUGCAAAUUCAACUUGCAUGAAAAAUGGAAAGUGCUCAAAAUACUUUCCAAAGAAAUAUCAAACCCAAACCAUUGUUGAUCAGGAUGGAUAUCCCGUGUACCGAAGAAGAGAAACUGGUAAUACAGUGCUGAAAAAACACGUUCAACUUGAUAACAGAUAUGUAGUUCCUUACAAUCCAUAUUUGUUGAAGAAAUUCCAAGCACACAUCAAUAUGGAGUGGUGUAAUCAAAGUACUUCAGUUAAAUACUUAUUUAAGUAUAUUAACAAGGGGUAUGAUAGAAUUACUGCUGCUGUUGUCCAAACUGAUGCUGAUGGAUCUCCUUCGGUCAGAAUGGUUGACGAAAUCAAGCAAUAUCUUGAUUGCAGAUAUAUCUCACCAAGUGAGGCAUGUUGGAGACUUUUUUCAUUUCCUAUUCAUGGUAGAUCACCCGCAGUUGAAAGGUUGUUCUUUCAUCUUGAAGGAGAUAACUCUGUUUAUUAUACCGAUUAUGAAUUGAUAGAUGAGGUGCUUGACAAACCAUCUGUGAAAGAAUCUAUGUUUACGGCAUGGAUGGAAGCAAACAAAGCAUACCCAGAGGCAAAGAAUUUGACGUACUCACAAUUUCUUUCCAAAUUUGUUUAUGAUAAAAGAUACCGUCGAUGGAGACCGCGUAAAAGAGGAAAUACAAUUGGCAGACUUAUUUGGGUCCCUCCAAGUACGGGUGAGUUAUAUUUCUUGAGAAUGAUGCUAACAGUCGUCAAAGGUCCAACUUGCUAUGAGGAUAUAAAAUUUGUGGGUGGAAAAGUUCAGGAUUCUUUUAGGGAUGCAUGCUUCGAAAUGGGCUUUCUUAACGAUGACAAGGAAUAUGUUGCAGCCAUCGACGAAGCAAAGAAUUGGGGUUCCGGGCAUUUUUUGCGAAAGUUAUUUGUCACUAUGUUACUAUCCGGUACUGUCAAUAGACCACGACAUGUUUGGGAAAAAACUUGGAGGACGUUAUCUGAUGGUAUCCUCUACCAACUAAGGCAAAAAACAAAUAGAAGAGAAUUGCAGCUAUCGGACAAUGAGUUAAAGAAUCUCACACUAAUUGAGAUUGAGAACAUGAUGCAAUCGAAUCGAAGAAGUUUGCAUGAAUUUAAAUGUAUGCCGUAUCCAGAUUCAUACGUCACAAGACAUGUUGGCAAUAGGCUUAUUUAUGACGAACUUAAUUACGAUGCCGAUACCGAGAAACAGAAAUUCCAAGAACUUUUUCAUGCCCUUACAGAUGAACAACGUUUGAUAUUUGAGAAAAUCAUGGGUGCUGUUAACAAACAGAGUGGAGGGGUAUUUUUCUUGCAUGGUUACGGAGGGACUGGUAAAACUUUCAUGUGGAGAACACUAUCAAGUGCACUUCGUUCUCAAAAAAAAAUUGUUCUUACUGUUGCUUCAAGUGGGAUAGCUUCGUUAUUAUUGCCGGGUGGAAGAACAGCACACUCAAAGUUCAAAAUACCUGUGCCAACGCUUGACAACUCAACUUGCAACAUCGACAAAGACACCGAACAUUCUCAAUUAUUUGAAGCAACAGAUGUUAUAAUAUGGGAUGAGGCACCUAUGUCUCACAAGAACUGCUUCGAAGCAUUGGAUAAAACCCUUAAAGAUGUAAUGAGCAAAAAGGGUGUUGAGAAUACUAUUUUUGGUGGAAAAGUUGUUGUAUUUGGAGGAGAUUUUAGACAGAUUCUUCCUGUUGUUCCAAGAGCUGGGCGUUCUGAUAUUGUUCAUGCAUCAAUUAGUUCAUCUUAUGUAUGGGAUUAUUGCCAGGUUUUAACACUAUCAAAAAAUAUGAGACUUCAAGAGGGAAGAGACAACACAAGUUCUAAUGAACUAGCGGAAUUUUCAAAAUGGAUUUUAAAUGUGGGUGAUGGUAAGAUUUGUGAACCCAAUGAUGGUUUGGUUGAUAUUGAAAUUCCUCAAGAGCUAUUAAUAUCAAAUUUUGAUGAUCCUAUAAGAGCAAUUGUUGAAAACACAUAUCCCAAUUUGUUGGAAAAAUAUCAAGAUGUUGAAUUCUUACAAGGAAAGGCUAUUCUUGCUUCAACCAUUGAAGUUGUGGACAAAAUCAAUCAUUAUGUAUUAGACUUGAUACCAGGAGAAGAGAAAGAGUAUUUGAGUUUUGAUUCCAUUGAUAAAACAGAUUCAAGUUAUACUGAAGCAUAUGAAGUUCUAACUCCUGAAUUUCUCAGUAAAUUAAGAACGUCGGGGCUUCCCAAUCAUAGGAUCAAAUUGAAGGUUGGUACACCUAUUAUGCUAAUGAGAAAUUUGGACCAAGCCGAUGGGUUGUGCAACGGAACAAGAUUAAUUGUUACAAGAUUUGCAAAUCAUGUCAUUGAGGCAAAAAUCAUGUCUGGAAAGAACAUAGGUAACAUUUUUUACAUUCCACGAAUGUCUAUGUCACCUUCUGAUUCACCUUGGCCAUUCAAGUUGAUUAGGAGACAAUUUCCGAUUAUUGUCUCCUAUGCAAUGACAAUUAAUAAGUCACAAGGUCAAUCUCUUGAUAGUGUUGGAUUGUAUUUGCCUACUCCUGUGUUUAGCCAUGGUCAAUUAUAUGUUGCAAUUUCAAGAGUUAAGAGCAAAAGUGGGCUGAAAAUCCUAAUUCAUGACAAGGAGAAUGUACCGUGUUCUACUACUACUAAUGUUGUGUACAAGGAAGUCUUUCAAGCACUUUGA